AGUCGUAGGAUUUGGUGCCCAUGAAUAUCACGAAGUACCAAAAUUAUGCUAAACUAGUCGAAGAAAAACCAAUGCUCUCAAAUUGACUGCUCAAACAAACAAUGGCUAAACUGCUAAGAACUCUCCCUAUCUUCACCCUUCGUCCCAAUGUCAAACCUUUCUUCUUCUUCCCCACAACUUCUACUCUUAUCCCCCUUUCUCUCUCCUCCCUCAAAUUCAAUCCUCACCCUUCAAUUUCUCACAGAACACUCUGCAAUUGUUCUAAUGUAUCAGCUACCUUACAAGGUACAGAACAGCAAACCCGGGUACCCGACCCGUUUCAACCAUCAAAAGAUACAAACUUGGAGUGGGUUAAUCGGACUGCUUUAUGUGGGCAUUUGGGUGAGGAUGAUGUGGGUAAACGGGUCACUCUUUGUGGGUGGGUCGCUCUUCAUCGGGUUCAUGGUGGAGUCACUUUUGUUAAUCUUAGAGAUCAUUCUGGCAUUGUUCAGAUUACAACACUUCCCAAUGAUUUCCCUGAGGCACAUUCUUUGGUGAACAAUGUGAGGCUCGAAUAUGUGAUUGCUGUUGAAGGAGUAGUGCGUUUAAGACCGGGUGAAGCUGCUAAUAAAAAGAUGAAAACUGGAAUGGUGGAGGUUGCUGCAGAGCAUGUCAAAGUUUUAAAUUCUGUGAAGGCCAAAUUGCCCUUUUUGGUUACUACUUCAGAUGAUGUGAAAGACUCUGUGAAGGAGGAUAUACGUUUAAGAUACCGGUGCUUAGAUUUGCGUCGACCUCAAAUGAAUUCAAACAUACUUUUGCGGCAUAGAGUGAUGAAACUCAUACGAAGAUACCUGGAAGAUGCACUUGGCUUCGUGGAGAUUGAGACUCCAAUGCUUUCUAGGUCUACCCCAGAGGGAGCUCGAGAUUAUUUAGUGCCUUCAAGAGUUCAGCCAGGAAUGUUUUAUGCCUUGCCUCAAAGUCCUCAGUUAUUCAAGCAAAUGCUAAUGGUUUCAGGCUUUGACAGAUAUUAUCAAGUAGCAAGAUGCUUUCGGGAUGAGGAUCUGAGAGCUGACAGGCAGCCUGAGUUCACCCAACUAGAUAUGGAACUGGCAUUUACUCCUUUGGAAGAGAUGCUAAAGCUAAAUGAAGAUUUGAUUAGGAAGGUUUUCCGGGAGAUCCAAGGUAUUGAGCUUCCCAACCCUUUCCCCAGGCUUACUUAUGCUGAAGCAAUGAACCGAUAUGGAACAGACAGACCAGAUCUUCGUUUUGGUCUUGAGCUAAGAGAUGUCUCUGAUGUAUUUUCUGGGUCUACAUUCAAAGUUUUCGAAGAUGCAUUGGUUAGUGGAGGUGUGAUAAAGGCGUUAUGUGUACCCGCAGCUGCAAGUGUUUAUUCUAAUACAGCACUGAAGAAGGGUGAUAUCUAUAAGGAAGCAUUCAAAUCUGGGGCUAAAGGUUUGCCAUUCCUAAAGGUCACAAGUGAUGGGGAGCUUGAAGGAAUUCCUGCUUUAGCUUCAAGUUUGAAUCAACAAAAUAAAGAAAAACUAUUGAGCCUCUGCUCUGCUCAAUCUGGUGACCUUAUCUUGUUUGCUGUGGGUAUGGAGAAGUCUGUGAACAAAACUCUUGAUCGACUAAGGUUACAUGUGGCACAUGAACUGGGUAUGGCUGACCAUUCCAAGCAUUCAAUUCUUUGGGUGACUGAUUUCCCGAUGUUUGAGUGGAACGAUGAUGAACAGAGGCUUGAGGCUUUGCAUCAUCCAUUUACUGCUCCAAACCCUGAAGACAUGGAGGAUUUAUCCUCUGCCCGAGCUUUGGCAUAUGACAUGGUUUACAAUGGAGUAGAGAUUGGUGGAGGAAGUUUAAGAAUAUACAAGCGGGAGGUGCAAGAAAAGGUUCUGGAAAUUGUAGGCAUAUCAUCAGAACAAGCUGAAGCAAAAUUUGGCUAUCUUUUGGAGGCUUUUGACAUGGGCGCUCCUCCACAUGGAGGCAUAGCCUAUGGCCUGGAUAGGCUAGUGAUGCUGUUGGCUGGAGCAAAUUCUAUCAGAGAUGUGAUUGCUUUUCCUAAGACCUCCACUGCUCAGUGUGCCCUAACGCGAGCGCCUUCUGAAGUAGAUCCUCAGCAGCUCAAAGACCUUGUCAUUUCAACAUAGUGCUAUAGUAACUAGUACCCUGUUCAAUUUUGUUCGUGAUGAGGGAGCACAUACAUUUUAUAGUAUGCAAACCAAUGCGGUAGCUGGAUCUCGUAUGGUGGUGCACUAGCAAAUUCUUUACCAAGGUUUAUACAAUUAUACCUGGUGAUAAGAGGGAGAGAGAAAGUAUCCUGACCUAGAAUUGUUUUUCAAAAAUUUUACUGUUUAAUUUGUUCUACGUAUUUUUCUUCUCUUCCCCUAUUUCCUUUCGUGGCAGAGAAAGGCUGGCCUUAAAACCAGUUUGGACAACAAGUAUUUGUGAUCAAUCGGUCUUAGAAGAAUAUUUGAGGUCAAACGUACGGUGAAGGUUUUUCGAAAUUUCAAUAUAGUUUACUUGUAUAUGUUCAUAGAUUUAGGUCGGAUUGUUAAGACUUUGCAGCAGUCAUGUAGAUUUUUUAUGUACAUUAACAUUCAAGCAUAUUAUACUUUUUUUUUAAUAACCUAGAAUGGCUGAUAAAGUUGGCAUGUAAUAUUGGUCAAGUAUUGUUGGUGU